CCUCUGGUUUCCCAUCUUGUGCUGUCUUUUGAUGAUCUCAUUCUUCUCACACAACUCCUUUGCCACUGGCACCUUGACUCCAGCACAAUCUAUCAGUGACGGCGAACGCCAAACCUUGGUUUCAUCUGAUGAAAGCUUCGAAUUAGGUUUCUUCAGUCCCGGCAAUUCCAAGAAUCGCUACUUGGGCAUCUGGUACAGGAAUAUCCCAGAGACAAUCGUGUGGGUCGCAAACAGAAACAACCCAAUUCUGGAUGCAACAGGAGUUUUAAAGAUCACCGAAGACGGAAAUCUCGUCCUACUCAACAAAACUUCAAGCGUUUUUUGGUCUUCUAUUUCAUCAUCAUCGACGACAGCAGCAGCAGCAGCCAAGAGCCCAGUUGCACAGCUUCUAGAUUCCGGAAACUUUGUUCUCAGAGACGAGAGCAAUGGUAACUCAGAAAUGUAUGUGUGGCAGAGCUUCGAUUUCCCAUCAGACACGCUUUUACCAGGAAUGAAACUGGGUUUGAAUUUUAAGACAAAUUUGAGUCGCUAUAUGACUUCGUGGAAGAAGGCAGAUGACCCCGCACUCGGGGACUUCUCUUACAGCAUCGAUAUUUCCGUGUUACCUCAACUAGUUAUCUGGGAGGGAUCAAUCGAGAAAUACCGAAGCGGGCCAUGGAAUGGAGUUCGAUUUAGCGGUGUUCCCGUCAACACCAAUGCAGUGUUCAGACCCAUUUUCAUCUCCGACACCGAUGAAGUAUAUUAUAUGUAUGAACGAAACGACGACUCCACUGUCAUGAGGUUUACUCUGAACCCAUCAGGCUCUCUCCAACGCCUUGUAUGGAAUAAACAGAGACUGGCGUGGGAUCUUUUGUAUGAGGUUCCGCAGGAGCCAUGUGAUCGAUAUGACCAGUGUGGUGCUAACGGCCUUUGUAAGCUUAACUAUUGGCCCAUCUGCGACUGUUUGAAGGGGUUCACCCCCAAAUUACCAGGAGACUGGAAUCUACUGAAUUGGUCCGCUGGGUGUGUAAGGAGAACACCACUGGAUUGCAGAAAGGGAGAGGGGUUUGCGAAGAUUAGUGGGGUAAAACUUCCCGACUUGUUGCAAUCUUGGGUGAACGAAACCAUGAACCUCAAGGAGUGCGAGGUACAUUGUUUGAACAGCUGUUCUUGUGUGGCUUAUGCCAGACGAUACGUAAGCGAAGGUGGGUGUGGCUGCAUCCUCUGGUUUGGAGACUUGACCGACAUUAGAGAGUUUAACGAAGAAAACGGUGAGCAAGAUCUUUACGUGAGGAUGGCAUCUUCAGAAAUGGGUAAGAAAUUAAAAAUGCUUUAUACUUAUCUCGCUUUUAUUACCUAUGUUGUAUCAGAAGGAGGGGAGGGCAAAAUGUCUGACAAGAAUAAACGAGUAGUAGUGAUAGUUAGCCUUGUAGCUUUCUUAGGUACUUCUGUAUUGGCACUGAGUCUCUAUCUCCUAUGGAAAAGCAAGAAAAUUACAUCACUAUGGAAGAGGAAUACAGUGCACCCUGUACUGAGAAGGAAGACCGAAGACAGAGGCAUUAAUAGGGAGAAAAGCAAGGAUUUGCAAAUGCUAUUUGAUAUGGUUAUACCAAGUGCAAGAGAUCACCUAGAUGAAAAUUUUAACGAUGACACAGAGUUGCUUCUAUUUGAUUUUGAUACAAUAGCAAAUGCUACCGACAAUUUCUCGAAUACAAAGAUGCUUGGGAAAGGUGGUUUUGGUUGCGUUUAUAAGGGUGACUUGGUCGAUGGACAAGAAAUAGCAGUAAAGAGACUUGGAAAGAAUUCAGAGCAAGGAGCAGAGGAAUUCAAAAAUGAAGUUAGGUUAAUUGCAAAGCUUCAACACAGGAAUCUUGUCAGGCUUCUGGGUUGUUGCAUCAGUAGAGAAGAAAAGAUGUUGAUCUACGAAUAUAUGCGAAACAAGAGUUUGAACUCCAUCAUUUUUGACAAGACAAAAAGCACUAUAUUGGAUUGGCAAAAGCGAUUCGACAUUAUCGGAGGAAUUGCUCGGGGACUUCUUUAUCUCCACCAAGAUUCGAGAUUUAGAAUUGUUCAUAGGGAUCUCAAAGCAAGCAACGUUCUACUAGAUGGGGAGAUGAACCCCAAAAUUUCUGACUUCGGAAUGGCUAGGAUUUUCGGAGAAGAUCAAACUGAAGCAAACACAAGAAGAAUAGUCGGGACAUACGGUUAUAUGUCUCCUGAAUACGCAAUGGACGGACUGUUCUCAGUAAAAUCUGAUGUAUUUAGCUUCGGGGUUCUAGUGUUGGAGAUAAUAAGUGGCAACAAGAACACAGGAUUUUACACUCAUAGCCAACACAACCUGCUGGGACAUGCAUGGAGACUGUGGAGAGAGGGAAAGGCCUUGGAGUUGGUAGAUUCAUCAAUAGGUCAUUCAUAUAACGCAAAUGAAGUUUUCAGAUGUAUAAAAGUUGGACUUCUGUGUGUGCAAGAGCAUGCAGAAGAUAGGCCGAUAAUGUCUUCUGUAGUUUUAAUGCUCAGUAGUGAAACUGCAACACUGCCACAGCCAAAAGAGCCUGGUUUCUGUUUGGGAAGAAAUUUCAAUGAAACGGAUUCAUCUUCAGGUAAACAGGAGCCAUAUAGUGUGAACCAAGUGACGGUUACACUGUUGGAAGCUCGGUAG